AGUGAGCUUUUGCUUGUUUACAUGUUGAUAAAGAGUUUUGGCUGUCUUGAGUGUUUUUAAUUUCAUUUUUAGUACCUACCUAAUUUAAUAAUAAUGACUACAAAAACACAACUCUGGGGAGAAUUCGAUGAUAAUGGAAACGAGGACAUUGUUCAGCAAAACGUGAAUUUCAAUCCGAUAAUAGAGUUGGGUAUGCAAAACAUUCCGGAGAUCCCAAUCACAGUGAAAUCUUCACCGAUAGAAUUACCGAAGCCGAAUUUGAUCACCCACACCAUACAGUUGCACGCGUGUUCAAGACAAUUAUCAGCAAUCUUGGAACAAACGGAAAAUGCCGUAUUUGAAGGUGCUAGACUUGAUUCUAUGAGUUUGCCUGCUAUACCUCCUGAACCAGAGUUAAAACUGGAACAUGAAGCUACUCCUCCGAUAAACUUCUUGCACAAAAAGUACUGUGACUUUUCUCUUGGUAGAGGACCAGUUAUUCUCCCAUUCACACCAGAAAGUCAUAAACGUGCUUUAAGACAAUGCGCUGCUAUAGCUGUAGGCCACGUCGGGAUCGCAAGCUGCACUAAUACGGCACUGAACGCUGUGGCCGACGCUCUCGACAUCUACAUGACGAACAUGUGCAAAUUAAUGAGGACAGUUGUUGACAAAGAAGCCAAUGGCCUCAAAUCUGGUUUCCCAGAUGUUGUAUCAAAAGUAUUUGCAGACUUAAAUGUCGGAAAUUUACAUGACUUCUAUAAUAAUAGAGUUGUUAGAUACCAUGCUAACGUCAAGAAGAAAUGCGAGGACCUUAGGAGUCAAUGUGAAGCAUUGGCGAUUGGAGACAUAGCUCCACAAUUGAAGUUGGAGGAAGUUCCAGAACUACACUUUCCUGCAGCUCUAGACGGGGCGUUCACCCCAUCUUUAGAGCCUGGCUUCCAGAUGUUGCACAGUCUGGAACAGGAGCAGCUUGGACUUGAUCUCCUGGAUACAGUAACAGCAGAUGACAUCAAAAUAGAGCCAAUGGAGUUUUCCCAGCCUGACACCAGUGCCAAGAUACCCUCCCUGUCACCUAGUGCUAAGAAGAAAAGAAAAUAAAAUUGUUAUUUUUU